AGGAGGGCGUGGCCUGUUCGCCCCUGCGUGACAGCUUCGGCGCCCCCGUCCCCGCCUUCUCCACACUCUCCGGCUGGCAGGAAGAAGCGAUAAUGGCUGCAGCUGACGGGGACGAUUCUCUGUAUCCUAUCGCCGUCCUCAUCGACGAGUUGCGGAAUGAGGACGUGCAGCUCCGUCUGAACAGUAUUAAGAAGCUCUCCACCAUUGCCUUGGCUUUGGGCGUAGAAAGGACCCGCAGUGAGCUUCUGCCGUUCCUGACCGAUACGAUCUAUGAUGAAGAUGAAGUGCUGCUGGCUUUGGCUGAACAAUUGGGGACGUUUACGUCACUGGUGGGGGGACCAGAGUUUGUCCACUGCUUACUGCCACCGCUAGAAAGCUUGGCCACCGUUGAGGAGACAGUGGUGAGGGACAGAGCUGUGGAAUCUCUCCGAGCCAUUUCCCAUGAACACUCCCCCUCCGACCUCGAGGCGCACUUUGUACCCCUGGUGAAGCGUUUGGCCAGCGGCGACUGGUUCACCUCCCGCACAUCUGCAUGCGGGCUCUUCAGCGUGUGUUAUCCACGGGUCUCCAGCACUGUAAAAGCAGAACUUAGACAACAUUUCCGGAACCUGUGCUCAGAUGACACUCCAAUGGUCAGACGAGCAGCCGCUUCCAAAUUGGGGGAAUUCGCAAAAGUAUUGGAGCUGGAAAAUGUGAAAAGUGAAAUAAUACCAAUGUUCUCCAACCUAGCCUCAGAUGAGCAGGAUUCUGUUCGUCUGUUGGCCGUGGAGGCCUGCGUGAAUAUUGCUCAGCUUCUACCUCAGGAGGAGUUGGAGCCGCUCGUGAUGCCCACACUGAGACAGGCAGCUGAAGAUAAGUCCUGGCGUGUUCGUUACAUGGUGGCAGACAAAUUCACAGAGCUCCAGAAAGCAGUCGGCCCAGAAAUCACAAAGACAGACUUGGUUCCGGCUUUCCAGAAUCUGAUGAAGGACUGUGAAGCCGAGGUGCGGGCCGCGGCGUCCAACAAAGUGAAAGAAUUCUGUGAGAACGUGUCAGCCGACAGUCGGGAGAAUGUCAUCAUGACGCAGAUCCUUCCGUGUGUCAAGGAAUUGGUUUCAGAUGCCAACCAGCAUGUGAAAUCUGCCCUGGCAUCAGUCAUCAUGGGCCUGUCCCCCAUCCUGGGGAAGGAUAACACUAUAGAGCAUCUUCUUCCUCUUUUUUUGGCUCAGCUGAAGGAUGAGUGUCCAGAAGUGAGGCUCAACAUCAUCUCUAACCUGGACUGCGUCAAUGAAGUCAUCGGCAUCCGCCAGCUCUCCCAGUCACUUCUGCCCGCUAUUGUGGAGUUGGCUGAAGACGCCAAGUGGCGAGUGCGCCUGGCCAUCAUCGAGUACAUGCCCCUGCUCGCCGGGCAGCUGGGCGUAGAGUUUUUCGACGAGAAGCUGAACUCGUUAUGUAUGGCCUGGCUGGUGGAUCACGUAUACGCCAUCAGGGAGGCAGCUACCAGCAACCUGAAGAAGCUGGUGGAGAAGUUUGGUAAAGAAUGGGCUCAGGCCACCAUCAUCCCAAAAGUGCUGGCAAUGUCCAACGACCCCAACUAUCUGCACCGAAUGACCACCUUGUUCUGCAUCAAUGUACUCUCUGAAGUUUGCGGACAGGAUAUCACCACCAAGCACAUGCUUCCCACGGUAGUGCGGAUGGCCGGCGAUGCCGUGGCAAAUGUGCGCUUUAAUGUUGCCAAGUCUCUGCAGAAGAUCGGACCCACACUGGACAACAGCACCCUACAGAGUGACGUGAAACCAGUUCUGGAGAAGUUAACUCAAGACCAAGAUGUAGAUGUGAAAUACUUUGCACAGGAAGCUCUUACAGUGUUGGCUUUGGCAUGAGGAUAAUCCAUACGGAGAUGCCGGCGACGACACUCCUGAUAUCACUCGGCCGACUCUCUUGCACGACUCCCGUUCGCAUUCGUUCUCAUGGCUCCGCACUGUAACCCACCCGUGCUCCGAUCCUUCUCAGCGAUGUGGUUUUUAUCUCCCGCGGCCUCCUGGAUCUCGGCUCUGCUCUGCCCCCUGUUUAGUCCUGAACUCUACUCCCAAUAAAUGAUCAGCGGCUGCGGCUUUCAACCUUCUCCUGCUGUUUUCCAGCCCUUAGGGACGCCGAAUGGGAUCACACGUUCAUAUAGGUGCUUUGUUUUUAACGCAACUUCUAAUCUGAGUAUGUGGGAGAGAGGGAAAAUGGCAGCUUUAUUUUUUUUGGGGUGAAAUAUCGCUUUCAGAUCUGUGCAUUUAUUCCUGAGCAGUGCUGGUAAAUGUUUAACAUUGUAUAAAUAAAUGAUGGUUCUACAAACCUCUGUCAGUCC